CGCGGCCCCGGGCGCUCACUCCGCCACCCGCGCUGCUCCUGUAGCGAUGGCUCGCUUCGUGGCAGUGGUCCUGCUCGGGCUGCUCUCGCUGUGUGGCCUGGACGCCAUCCAGCGCCCUCCGAAGGUUCAGGUUUACUCGCGACACCCAGCGGAAAAUGGGAAGCCAAAUUACCUCAACUGCUAUGUGUCUGGGUUCCAUCCACCCCAGAUUGAGAUUGAUUUGCUCAAGAAUGGGGAGAAGAUGAAAGUGGAGCAGUCAGACCUGUCUUUCAGCAAGGACUGGUCCUUCUACCUUCUGGUCCAUACUGAGUUCACCCCCAACGGAGUGGAUGAAUAUAGCUGCCGCGUGAAACACGUUACUCUCAGCGAGCCCAAGAUAGUCAAGUGGGAUCGAGACCACUAAGCAGCAUCAUGGAGGUUUGGGGAUACCUCAGUUUGGACUGGACUAAUUCCAAAUUCUGUUUUCUUGCUUUUUAAUACUGAUAUGCUUUUACGCUUCUUGCACAUAAAUCAGAAGUUAUAUGGAUGUUACCACAAAUAUCAUCUUCUGUAUAAUUCUUCUUUGUGCACUACGUUUCCAUGUUUGAGCUGUCUUGGCAGGUAGCUGUCAUGGGGGCUCUGGCAGUUUAGAUUAGGGGAGGAAAGAACUCUCAUGUUCAACAUUAACAUCUUGCGCAAAUAUAAAGUCUUCAGUGUCUUUUGCACACAGAACUAGGUAGUAAGAUAGUUAUGCAUGUUUAUAGUUACCUCCAAUUUGUAAUUUUUCUUAUAAUUUCAUAAAAGUUUUUGAAAGAUAAUUGUCAGGAUUAUUGGAAAUUUGUUAUACUGGAUGACAUUUUAUCAUAUAAAAUCAUAUUUACUUCUUACAUCUGUUAGAAUGAGACAUGGUUGUGCCCGUUUUCUGUUUUAAUUUGUUUCACCAAUUAAAGAACUAGUAAAACUUGA